CGAGUUGGCAGCUGCAGUAAGCAAAUGCAAAAAUUCUACGUGGAGCAGACAGUCCAGAGCAAACAAUGUCCAAAAACCCGAAAAAGGAUGAUGGGAGCGGCAACGACUGGGCUCAGAGCGACGAGGACGACAAUUGGGACGACUGGGGCGACGACGAGGACAAGUUUGUCCACGUGGAGAAGGAGCAGCAGCAGGAGGAGAAAGUCGCGAGCAUAAACGACGCAAAAGCAGCGCUGGAAACUCGGGAAAAGCAGGAAACUUCAGCAGUUCCACCAACCGCAGCCUCCGCCUCAUCAUCCUGGGGUCUUUGGGGCGGGAAACUGAGCUCCGUGCUGAGCACCGCCACCGAAGGAUUGGGCACCAUAACCACUCAAGUAAACCAGGGUCUUAAUCAAAUCAUAGGAGUGCCCGAUCCCGAGGAGCUGGCUCGCAUCAAUGUGGCUGAAAAGGCGGAAAUAGCUGCCAAAGAGCCCGCACCGGAAAAGGAUAAAGCGGCAGAGGAACACCACGAAGAUGAAAACGAAUCCUCGCCCGCCUUUGGCCUGGGUUUCGUCACUAAUCUGGGCUCCAAGGUGCUCAACACCGGACUGGACACACUCGAAGGCAUUGGCAAAAAGACCAUGACCAUUCUGCAGGACAACGAUCCCAAGCUCAUGAACAAGCGAAAGCUCCUCGGCCUGGACGCCAACGCACCCAAUCUGAGUGCGGUUCUGCUGGAGGCGAAAAAGGAUGCCGACCAAAUGGAACUGUCCCUGCAGCAACUGCAGCUGGAGAAGCAGAAGGCGCAGCUGCGCUUCGAGGUCCUCUUCGAGAACUACUGCGGCCUGGUGCACUUCGAGGCCCUGGAAAUCCUGUCCAAGGAGUCACGCCUCAAGCUGGACAACCUUCUGGAUGCGGUCAGUGGCAAUGCCCUGGCCGAACUGCAGGAGACCAUCAACGAGGUGAAGGAGCUGCUCGACAUGGAGGAUCUGGAUGUGGAGAGCGAGGGAGACUAUGAGCCGCAGGAGCUGAACGAGAGAUUGGCGGACACCAUUAAGGAUGCAGAGCUGGGGAUUCAGUUUGAGGAUAUAGCCAAACACUGGACGCAGUCACUCGACUGGCUCAACUCCGAGGAGGCCUCCUCUGGCGAUCUGGAGCAGGCGUAUGCCAAGAGCAUCCAUGCUCUGAGCGAAGCGUGUGCCCUGGAGAUGUGUAAGCUGCACAAGAUCGCCGAGCUGCUGCUAGUAAAACCGCAUCACAGCACUGCCAACGAGGUUGACGGCGUCGUUAAUCUCUGCCAGCAGUUCAAUAGGCACCUGCAAGGACUCAGUCACCGAUUCGCUGCCGUCCUGAGCAGCAAACCAGAACCGGAAGAGUCCAAAGCCCGGGUUAGCACAUUCUUCUCCGAAAUGCUAUCGGCCGUUCAGUUCAUCGAGAAGGCCUACAAACUAUUCACUCCCAUCCUCCAAAUGGGAGCUGUCUAGUCGGAUUUAAUUAUAUUUGUUGUACUUGCUAUUUUUACGAUUGCUUGGUUUAUGUCUAUAACUCACUUGUUUUCCAUAUAAAUGUAUACAAAUUA